AUGUCCACCGAUCCAGCACAGGCGCUCUUAUUAGAAUGUCGACGAUCAACUCAAACAGACACGCUGGUGCCGUACAAUGCCGCUGUUGUCACAACAAUUAUUCGCCAAAUCCACACAAUCCAUGCGCAUCUCGUUCAUUCACUGCGAAGUGCAGCACCACCGGGUGACGAACUCACCCCUUCGCCGACGCCUCCUCCAGCGGUCAUGUUCACGUCGACGCACCAUCAUCUUCAGAUACGGCGACUGAAGCGCGUGCUGCUAGUCUACCACGCCCAUCGACUCAACAUGCUACGAUCAAUGCUUCACCGUGCUCAUCUUUCCGUUACCCAUUUACUACCAACCAUACGACCGUUGCUCUCGUCAUCUGAGCUUACAUUCAUUCGUACCUACGCUCAAAUAUUUAUGAAUUACCGAGCUGAAUUUAUCGACGUGUUGGACAUAGCGGCAGCUGUCGACGAACCACCGAAAGGGAUGUGGGUCAACGUUCGGGUUGUGAAGGAAGUUGGCGAAGUCAUCACGGAAGCUGGCGUGGUCGAUUUCAGGAAGGGAGGACGAUAUUUGGUACGACGCGGAGAUGUAGAGAUGUUGUUGGUGCAAGGUUACCUGGAAGUCGUAGACUGA